AUGUCAAUGAGAAGUACCUCAUCAUGGAUACUUUUCUUUUCGUUUGUCACUCUAUUGAUCAUCCCUGCAAUUUCAUUUUCUCAUGAAGAUGAGCAACCAACAACUUUCAUAAUACACGUUGUGAAAUCGGAGAAGCCACCAGUCUUUAGUUCUCAUGAAGAUUGGUAUACCGCAACCCUCCAUUCUCUUCCACUGUCAAUAUCAUCAUCGUCAGAUAAUGGUCGACCAUCUCGAGAAAUCAUUUACACUUAUAACCACGCUAUUCAUGGUUUUGCAGCAAGAUUAACACCAUAUGAAGCUUCACAUCUUGAGAGUCGACCGGGGAUUGUCUCAGUCAUCCCUGAGCGUACUCACCAAUUCUAUACUACUCAUACUCCUCAGUUCUUAGGUCUUAGUGGUGAUCAUUUUGGUCUUUGGCAUAACUCCGGUUACGGGGAUGACGUCAUUAUCGGUGUCUUGGAUUCCGGAAUCUGGCCGGAACGACAGAGUUUUAACGAUUCUGGUUUGGGUCCUGUACCCAAAAGAUGGAAAGGUACUUGUGAAACAGGACCGGAUUUUCCGGAGACGUCUUGUAACCGGAAGAUAAUUGGUGCACGAGCAUUUUACAAAGGUAUUGAAGCAAGGAUAGGACACAUGAUCGAUGCAAACGGUACUGAAUCGAGAUCCCCUAGAGACACAUUUGGACAUGGAACACAUUGUGCUUCAACUGCGGCUGGAUCUGCUGUUAAGAAUGCAGGGUUUCGUAAAUAUGCUGUUGGAGAAGCCAGAGGUAUUGCAACUAAAGCUAGAAUUGCGUCUUACAAGAUUGGAUGGAGCACAGCUGGAAUCGUUGAUUCUGAUAUUGUAGCUGGCAUGGAUAAAGCUGUUGAAGACGGAGUUGACGUGAUGUCUUUAUCAUUUGGUGUUCAGGAUGACACUCUUCAAUAUUAUCAAAAUGUGAUUGCGAUCGGAGCCUUUGCGGCUAUGGAGAAAGGAAUUUUGGUUUCUAAUGCACCUGGAAACUCAGGACCUGCCCCAAAUACUGCAGUUAAUCUUGCACCGUGGAUGUUGUCUGUUGGAGCAUCCACAAUUGAUAGAGAAUUCCCUGCGGAUGUAAUUUUAGGCGAUGGUCAAGUACUUCCUGGCGCUUCACUGUACUCUGGAGAUGCAACACCGGACGACACUUACAUGCAAGUUGUAUAUGCGGCUGGCGAUCAUCCUCAAAGCCGAUACUGCGUAGAAGGUUCAUUAGAUUCUACAGCAGUUGCUGGUAAAAUUGUCAUCUGUGAUGUAGGUGGAAUUUCAGGAGAGGACAAAGGGACUUUUAUUAAAAAUGUUGGUGGUGCAGGAAUGAUUCUCAUCGGAAAUGGGGAGGAAUUGAUUGCCGAACCUUAUCCUGUUCCAGCAGCUAUAGUAAGUCGCACCUCCGGUGAUAAGAUCAUAGAGUAUCUCAAUAAGCAUUCACAUGGUCAAAAUCCAAGCGCUACAAUAAAAUUCCGAGGAACUGCAAUUGGUUCUUCGUCGUCCCCUGCUCCAAAGGUUGCAUUCUUUUCUAGCCGUGGCCCCAAUAGAAUAACACCAGAGAUUCUUAAACCAGAUGUGAUUGCACCAGGGGUAGAAAUCUUGGCUGCUAAUACCGGAUAUGGUGCAGACCCAACAACUUCGGAAGAGUUCGCAUUAAUGUCAGGUACAUCAAUGGCAUGCCCUCAUGUGAGCGGCUUGGCUGCGUUGCUUCGAAAAACUUAUCCUAAGUGGUCUCCGGCUGCAAUCCGAUCUGCUCUAAUGACUACUGCUUAUAAUGUUGACAAUUCAGGCAAGUAUAUUACUGAUCUUGGUACAGGCAACAUUUCAACACCAUUCCAACAUGGGUCUGGCCAUGUGGAUCCGAACCGAGCUCUAAAUCCGGGCUUGGUAUACGAUAUUGUUCCAAGUGAUUACGAAGCAUUCUUAUGCUCCAUUGGUUAUGAUGCGAAACAGAUUUCAGUUUUUGUCAAGGAUAGGAAGGUUGAUUGCAAAUCGAUCGGGCUAUCUAAUCCGGGUAACCUUAACUAUCCAUCAUUUUCUGUUGUUUUCAAAUCUGGUUCUGAUAUGGUUAAGUAUAAGAGAGUGGUUAAGAACGUUGGAAGUUCAGUGAAUGCAGUUUACAAACUUAAAAUUAGAUCUCGAACACCAUUUGUUAAGAUUAGUGUGUCCCCAACCAAGUUAGUGUUUAGUGAGGAUAAGACGAGUUUGUCUUAUGAAAUCACAUUCGAAUCAAGGCUAACGGAUGUGGACAUGACGAAAGAGGCAUUCGGGUCGAUUGAAUGGUAUGAUGGAGUUCAUGCUGUGAAGAGUCCAAUUGCGUUUAGGUGGGGCGUUACAUCUACUAGCUUGAUAUCUUCUGUUUAAUGUUUUCAAUUUUGGUUCUAUUAAUGCUCUUAAUUUUAAUGAUAAUCAUCAUAUCAA